UCUCUCUCACACACGCUACAGUCUAUGAACUCCCAAAGAAACUCCCCCAAUUCAAUCAUGGUGAAGAGAAUACGAUCGGCGUAGACUCAUCCAUUUAUCAUCAUCGCCAACCAAUAUCUAAAUCAUUAAGUACGUGGUUUUCUGCCCCUAAUACUAGUAGUUGAAAUUAUUUCAAAGUUUAUUUCUUUCUGCAAUCUCAUUUGGCUUUAUUCUAAAUUUGUUUCUUUGCAGUCGCUGCAUCUGAGUUUCUCGUAUUAAACAAUAGUCCUUUAUAAAUCCGAUUUUUCUUUUUUAGGGUUUGUUGUAUAGCAUAUGCUCGUUUAUUUAAUGUGGUCAAAAUAGCUACUGCUUUGAAUCCUUACUUUGUACUCUUUCUCCAUUAUUUUACAGGAAUUUCACUGGGAAUCUUGGCGCUUCUCUCUGUCUCCUUGCUUUUGUAUCUAGCUCUUCAUAAAUUUCAAUCUUGAGAGUUUGAGACCACUUUUCUUAGAUUUUCUACUUUAAUCUACUUUAUUCGAGAAAAAUAAAGAAGAACCCAAGAAUUUAAACCCAUUUGCUACUUUAAUCCGUUCCCAGAUCAGUUUGCAUUUGGGUUUUUUCCCCGUAUCAAGAAGUGUCAAGAAAUGGAAUGCGCUACUAAGCCACCCUCUAAACCUUCUUCAAACAUAUCAGACAUCGUUUCCAAAUUUGCCAAAGUCUGCAAAUUUAGAUCCGUUGGUGCGUUCUCAACCGAAAACCCUAGACGCCCCCGCCUUAACAAUGCCACGCUGACCGAAGACAGCACCGAUGCCAUCGAAGAGGGAGCGUGCGAUGUGGAGAAAGUUCAUCCCCACCCACUUGAGAUUCAACCCCAAAAAACCACUCAAUGUGCUGAUGUGGAGAUCAUGAGGUUGUUUGACACAAUUUCAGCACUCAAAUCAGCUUAUGUUAGGCUGCAAGAGGCUCAUAUUCCGUAUGAUACGGAUAAGAUCAAGGCUGCUGAUGAACUUUUUAUGGCUCGGCUUGAAUCGCUAUGCAAGAUCAAGCGUGUGUAUAAAGAGAAGCAUUUCAAUGAAGUUGAUUCUGUUUCCGCUCGAUCAGCUCUUCUCCUAGCGGAAAUUCAAGUUCACGAGAAGCUGUUGGAGAAAUUGAAGUUCCAACUCGAAGUAAAAGACACUGACGUGAUUAAUUUGCAGCAACAACUUCUGGAUUUGGAUUUAAAGAACAGAGAGCUAAGUGUGAAUUUUAGGCUGAAAGAAAGGGAGAAUGUGAAAGUUGGGAAUUUGUCCUCAGUUGAAGACGUCUUCAACGCAGCUUCAAAGGCCAUUCAUGACUUUGCAAAGCCGUUAAUUAGCUUGAUGAAAGCUUCAGGUUGGGAUCUUGACCAGGCAGCGGAAUCCAUUGAAGCAUUGGUAGAGUAUUCUAAGAGGUCUCACAAAAAGUACACAUUUGAAGCUUACAUUGCCCAAAUAAUGUUUAGUGGGAUGCCACUGCAAUCUUCUAGUGUUGAUAGCAUAUUGAAGUGGGACGACUCCUUUGAUGCUUUGAUUAGGGAUCCACAUUCGAAUUUUGCAAAAUUCUGCAGAACCAAAUACCUAUCUGUGGUUCAUCCAAUGAUGGAAGCAUCAUUCUUUGGGAAUUUGGAUCAUAGGAAGUUUGUGUCUAGUGGAAUGCAUCCUAGGACACCAUUCUACAAAGCAUUUGUCAAGAUGGCGGGGUCAGUUUGGGCUCUGCUUGGAGUUGCUGCCUUGAGUGAUCCGAAAGCUCAAAUAUACAGAGUUGAGAGAGGAAGCGGAUUCUCAGAUGUUUAUAUGGACAGUGUGGAGGUGUUCAACGAUGACAUAAUAACCUGUGAUGAAGGAAUAUCAAGAUUCAAAGUCGAGUUUAUGGUUAUGCCUGGGUUUAGAAUUGGAGAAAUGGUGCUUAAGUCUCGGGUGUAUCUCUCGGGCUUGAGAUCCUCUCAUCAUAGAGUCUAGAAAGGGGUGCUCUGCCUAACUGUUUUUGCCAAUAUGAAGUGCUACUCUUCAGAUUUCUCUUUCUCUUCAUGUGGAAGGAUUUUGUUUACUGGUCACUGAAUUGUAAAUAGGUAUCUAUCUAGUUAGGGAUGCCAUCAGAUUUACUGCUGUUGGUUAACAGAUUAACUUGGGUACUGCAUUUGGGGCUUUGAAACAGUAGUUCCUAUGGUUGGUUUGGAAUAUGUUAAUCUGUUGAAAAGCUUUACUGAAA